AUGACAAUUGCCAAGGCUAAGCCUGUUAAAAACAUGACCAAAAAGCAGAUUCAGACCUUUUUUGAACGCCUGCGUGAACAGCGUCCCAAUCCGAAAACCGAACUAAAUUAUUCCAGUCCUUUUGAGUUGCUGGUCGCAGUCACGCUCUCUGCUCAAGCUACCGAUGUCAGCGUCAACAAAGCCACAGACAAACUGUUUCCAGUCGCCAAUACACCGGAAGCAAUUUAUGCGCUAGGUGUGGACGGCUUGAAGGAAUAUAUCAAAACGAUCGGUUUAUAUAAUUCCAAAGCGGUCAACGUGAUUAAAGCCUGUGAGAUGCUGAUUCAGAAGCACAACAGCGUGGUACCGGAUAAUCGUGCGGAUCUGGAAGCCCUGCCGGGUGUAGGUCGUAAAACGGCGAAUGUGGUACUGAAUACGGCCUUUGGUCAGCCGACCAUGGCGGUCGAUACACAUAUUUUCCGGGUCGGUAACCGUACUGGACUGGCAGUUGGUAAAAAUGUGCUUGAGGUCGAGCAUCGUUUAGUGAAGGUCAUUCCAAAAGAAUUUAUUAUUGAUUCACAUCACUGGCUGAUUUUACACGGCCGUUAUUGCUGUGUUGCACGUAAACCGAAAUGCCAUGAAUGUGUAGUUGCAGAUGUAUGUAACUGGCCGGACCGGUUUGAGUUUGGUGCAGAUCGUGCAAUUCCGGUGAAAAAUAUUGAAGCUGAAACUUAA